AUGGGCUGGCACCGCUUCAAGCAGUGCAGCUCGAUUCUGUUAACCGGAGCAGGCGACCUGCAGACAAAUGUCACCCUGACCCCGGAGUCACUUCCUCCUGGGAAGCUGUUAGCAAGCUCAGCAGCGUGGCCUUUCUCCGACAUCCAGGCCUCCCGGGCCACAGACAGGAUCAAGACCGUGCUGGGACAGUCCCCCGACAGCGUGCGCCGGCCACAGGCAGCCCCGACGCCUCCGCCCAGGCCGCACCGCAGGUCCUGGGCUCACGCCGACUUCUCCCCUGCCCUACACCAAGGGAGUGGGCAGAGCGCCCCCCUGGAGCCUCCCGAGGACGCCGAGCCCCUGGCGCAGCCCCGGCCUCCGGGGGAAAGGGGCUCAGCCGCGGUGUCAGCAUUGGCCCCCCUGCCUCACCCACCCCCAGCUCCCAGAAGUCCUGUUCGGCUUCCAGGCCGCACCCCGUCACAGUCCAUACUGCAAAUGGCCUCAAAUCCUGCCUCCGCUGAGCUCGGCGACUCCCAGGGUGCUGUGCCCUUGGGGACUUCCCGGCACACAGCUGAGUCCCCUGAAGCUGAGACCCUGCUUCUGCAGACUGCGAACUCUGUGGCCAUGGAGAUGACCCACAGGACGCUGGCCUCUGCUGCUGCCCACUCGGUGAAUCCACCACCUCCGUCCGAGAGCCCCGGAGAGCCAGCCCUGUCCACAGAGCUCGCGUCCUCCCCGCUGCCAGCCCUGCCUCUCACUGCUGCAGGCCCUGGGCAAGCCGUCCUUCCCGGGGCAGCUCUCGGGUGGCCAGGGCCUGGGAUGGCUGGCUUUCCGUCUGCACUUCCCCUGCAGCCGGCAGAGAGCCCUGCCUCUGCCCCCUGGGUGCCAGAAAGUCCCGGUCUUCCAGGCGAGGCCAGUGGUGACCAGUCCCUGCUGGCCACUGCCACACACCUGCCCCUCUCAAGCAACUUUCCAGAUCUUCUCUCCACGGCUUGGGCGAUUCCCUGGCAGGAUGAGGACGGUGUGGCCGCCCUUUUAGGCGACAGCAGAAAGACGAACGAGCUGGCUGCCCCUCAGGCCCCUCCGACUUUAGAGGUGCCGAGUCCUCAACCCAUCCACAGGCCCACCUCGGACUUCAGCACCGACUGCGCCUCGUCUCCUGCCACCACAGCACCGAGAACCCAGCCUCUUCCUUUGGGGUCAUCUGUACCCUUCCUGCCCUGCACACACGCCCCCCGUCCUGGCUUCUCCAGCACCAAGCCGGAGAGUCUUGCAGCUGCCGCGGACCUCGAGGGGGUGCCGAUUUCAGCUUCCAAACAGGUGACGGGGCUUCCCUUCUCCACUGAUGUCGGCGGUUCUACGGGUGGUGUGGAGCAGCCAGCAGCCGCAGAGGUUUCCCGGAGUCCUCUUUCAGUGGAAACGGGGUCCCUUCCCACAGAAUUGGCACUAUCUGGCCCGCAACAGCAAACACAUUCUCAUCUAAACGGACAUGUAAUUAACCCCACAAGUUGGGAAACUCAUUCGGCUUCCCCCCCCCCCCAGGGCGGGCCCGCCGCUGGUGCAGAGCAGCCUCAGGGUCUCCAAGACAUGGUUGGGCACACGGUCACUGCAGAAGGCCUCAGCACGCAGGAGCGCGACCUUGGGAGCAACCUCAACCAGCCCAUCCGACCGUCAGGUGGGACCGUGAUUGGAAACCAUGUGGGCCUCUGGCCCACCAGCGAGAACAACCAUUCUAGAGACUUCCAAGCCACUGAGGUUGAGCGUUACCCAUCUGCCAGUCAGCGGCCUCCUGGCCGUCUGCAGCUGCCUGCCCGGCCAGCACGCCCUCUUCUGCUGACCUGGCCGGGCCUAGCUCCUGCAGCCCGCCUGCAGGAGAUGCUCUCAGAUGGAAUGGAGACGGGCUGGCGAGUUUCCAGUGACACCCGUGCGUCCCCUGUGACCGGUGUUUCCGGGCCGCCCCACAGUGCCCUGAGCUUCCACUCGGCCUUUUCCAGGACCCUCUCCAAAGUGCUGUGGGCUUCUCAGCGCCCCAGGAAAUGGAGAGGGGCAGCCACUAGUGCAGCCGACUCCCCGGAGCCUUCUAAGGCAGAGCCCACAGCAGCUGCUGCGUUGCCCCUGAGGAGGGUGAGCCCGCAGGCGCAGUCGGCCGCUCUG